AUAAGAUCAGCGCAAAAAAUGGACAGAUGAAGACAAACUAAUGCCAUUCUUUUUAUUCUUUAAUUACUUUUUAAUUUUAUGAUUUUUAAUAUGAUCUAUAAAACAUAUUUAAGCCUUCGGCCCAGACACUUUUUCAUCCCCCCACAGAGUACCGUGUGUUUUGUAUAACUGUUCCACGGGCCGUGUGUUUUUCUAAGCAAAUUUCCACCUGCAGCUCAUUGGCUGAAACCACAGUCAGAUUCCCCUGCGAAGUUAUCUGAUUGAAAAUCAGGGAGGGGUGAAAAAGACAGCUCAACAAGUGUGAUGCUUUUACACUGCUUUGCUUUCCGAACUUUUAGGAAAGGAUUUCUUUUCUUUUCGCCCCCAGACUGACUUUCAGAGAACGAGGAAAUAAUAACUGUUAAUUAUAACAACGCGUUUGAUUUCGGGACGGGAAGGUGGUCAGUUAGCGGGUCAACAUGCCCCGAUCAUUUCUGGUAAAAAACAAAAAAUGCACAUCAUUUAAUUUCCAUCGAUCUUAUGAAGAACAGCCGGCGGCCUCCAUAUGUAAUGAAGUUCCAACAAAGACUCAGACAGAUACACCAGAGAGGCUUCAAAAAGAGGAGCAGCCUUCCCCUGCAGAUAUCUGCCCACUAAAACAGGAGCCAGGGCUUCAUCGUCCGUUACCUGUUCAACCAGGGCCAACCACAUCUCCUGCAGCUCCCACACAGCCAUUCUACCUAAAAGAGCCUCAUAUGGCCGAGUUUCCACCUUAUUACAAGCCCACCUAUGGCUGGGAGCCAGUGUCUUCCUCCUACGAGCUCCGCCAGCUGAGCUUCAGCCCCACAGUGUUGCAGCACACCAGCAGUUUUUACGACUCCCACAUCAGACGCAGUCCACAGUCACAGCAGCCUCUGGACUGCAGCACACACUACUCCCCCACCUCCAACACCUAUCACUGUAUCACCUGUGACAAGGUGUUCUCAACGCCUCACGGACUGGAGGUUCAUGUCAGGAGGUCGCACAGUGGAAUGAGACCUUUUGGCUGCAGCAUCUGCAGAAAAACCUUCGGUCAUGCCGUCAGCCUGGAGCAGCACAUGAAUGUCCAUUCUCAGGAAAAAAGUUUUGAGUGCAAGAUGUGCGGAAAGUCUUUCAAACGCUCUUCCACGCUCUCCACGCAUCUGCUCAUCCACUCUGACACGAGGCCGUACCCCUGCCAGUACUGCGGGAAGAGGUUCCACCAAAAGUCAGACAUGAAGAAGCACACAUACAUUCACACUGGGGAAAAGCCCCAUAAAUGCCAAGUGUGCGGCAAAGCCUUCAGCCAAAGCUCCAACCUGAUCACCCACAGCAGGAAGCACACAGGCUUCAAGCCAUUUGGCUGCGACAUUUGCUCAAAGGGCUUCCAGCGAAAGGUGGAUCUCCGCAGGCACCACGAGAGCCAACACGGCAUGAAGUGAGGUUGAAACAGGAGCACAAGGCUUUGUACAUAUUAGACAUGUAUGAAAACAACAAGCUGAGUUUGAUGUAAUCUGAGUAUAUGGUGUAUUUUGGUCAGGAAUGAAGUUUAACUUCAGAAAACAUGAAAAUAAUCACUUGACUCAAGUGUAAUAUAUCUGAAUAAAUUGUUUAAAGACAUGUGGAUAAAUGGGAGAUGUACUGUUGUCAUUUUGAUUCAUUAAAGACGACGAGAACAUUA